AUGCGCGCUUCCCGCUGGGACCCGAAAGCGAUCGAGGACAAGGCGCCGUCGACCCCUAGCCUGCAUAGGUUCAUGCGGGACAUCAAGGAUAUCAAGAACGAGCCCCUGCCCGGGAUCCACGUCUCCUCCUCCGAGGACGACCUGAGCAAGCUGCACGUCAUCGUGGUCGGGCCGGCGGGCACGCCCUACGAGGGCGGCUUCUUCCACUUCUUCGUGAAGUGCUCGCAGAGCUACCCGAUGCGGCCGCCCCUCGUGCGCCUGCUGACCACGGACGCUGGCCGCGUGCGAUUCAACCCGAACCUCUACGCUUGCGGAAAGGUCUGCCUCAGCAUUCUAGGUACUCAGACAGGACUCGCCUGGAACCCGGUCCAGACAAUAAGCAGCGUGCUGCUGUCCAUACAGUCUCUGUUCAAGGAGGAACCGUACUGCAACGAGCCCCAACUCGCAGACGCAUUCUUGAACGACUCCGCGGGCUAUAAGCAACGAUUGCAACACGAAACCAUCAGGGUGGCCGUCUGCGAUGCGGUAGAGGCCUGCAUGCAGGACAAUCCCCCUUGCCCACAGGACCUGGCGGCGGUCGUCAUAAGCACGUUCGCCGACUCCUACGACAAGUACGAGGAUAAAGUCAAAAGCCUGCUUCAUCUUACCGGCACCAAAAUGGAGAAGUGCUUCGUGGGUCCGAAUUUGGAGGAAGCUACCUUUCAGUACGAGACGCUGCUGAGGCGACUCAUGGAAUUGAACGGAGGGAAUAACAGAAACUAG